CCGAUAGGGAUCUUUUUUUUGGCCUUUUUUUUUUUUUUUCUUUUCGUUACACAAAUGAGCGCAUUUACCGGUACGAGCCACAAGACAGAAAGGAAAAAAGAAAAACAAGGUUGGAAAUUGAUUGGAAUGUGAAGGCCAAAAAGCUUCCGUCGAAUAGACCCGAAACCAACUGCUGACGGGGACUGCGCCAUGUUUGUUCCCUUUGCUUCAAGCCCAAUCAAUGGAUUGGGUGCUGUGGCUUUUGAUGCUAAACUUGGAAACACUAAAACCAGUUCGAAGGAAAAGCCCACAUCCACAUCCCAAACCACCACAACAACUCAUCCUCACCACCCAACGGUCGUAUCAGCCUCUUUCUCAGCCCACUCGUGUCUCAGCCAUGUCACUAUUAUUACCUACCACCACGGAAUUUCGAUUUCGCUUAGUCCUAUUGUUGUUACUAUUGAGUCUGAGGAUCGGUCGAUAGUCGAUAGAGUCGAUCGAACUCCCACUGUCUAUGGUGACCAACCAGAAUUAACCGGCUCUGGACCCUCGUAUGGAUACCUCUUACGGAACCCACUUACUAGUCGACUUAGCUUAGUGCUCACGGUGGAAACUCCAAGAAGAGAGGUUAUGGUCGCUGUCAGAGGAAUUUAUGCGUCAAAUUAUUCUAUCGACCGCAAAUCCUCCUUGCUGAUGAUGCCGAAAUCCAUUGGUCGCUGCCCCUCGUGUUUUUUCCUGUGAUGGGCUACCUACAAGUUUGCAUGCAUGUGAGUGGGCUCGAAAGCAACUGAACAUGCGUAAGAUCAGUUUUCCCGGCGAUCGUAUUCUUCAAAAACAAAACAUCGUUGUGCUACCAUGUCAGAGAGUGGAUUGAAGCUCAGAUAUAUAUUGCUUUCCCCGACAUCGGGAAUGGGACAUUGACUGUAUGCCCUCAGUUUAUUCGACAAGCUCCCGAGGCGCAUGUUAAAGAUUUUCUGUCUGUGCUGUAAAUGCGUUUGUAUCUCUGGUAGUCUGAAUUUCUCGAUUUAUUGCACGUGCUAGAUCCGGAGCUGUAUUAAAUGUGUCAUGCUUAGAAAUUUCAACCGUUGCUACUAUAGCC